AUGGAGGAGCAUCUGAACCCCUUUGCCGUGACGCAUCUGCUUCAGCACACCUUGCGGAGCCUCUGCGUCCAGGAAGACUCCCAGUGGGUGUACGCCGUCUUCUGGAGGAUCCUCCCCAGGAACUACCCCCCACCCAAGUGAGCAAAAGAACCCUAGAUACCAAGACUCGCGUAGAUCUCCUUUUUUCUCUUGUUUCUCACUCGCUUGCUUUCCCCACUGUGGAUAGAUGGGAUCUUCAGGGAGAUGGUGCUCUGGAUAGAUCCAGGGGGAACAGGAGGAAUUGGUAGGAAUCUGACUCGCCGCUGAUCUCGAUUUUACUCCCGUGGAGAUGCUUGAUAUCGUGCGUGUUCGGUCAGGAUUCUGGCUUGGGAAGAUGGAUUCUGCAACUUUUCUGCAUCGACGGUGGACUGCGCAGGUUCGUCGGCCGGGGAGGGCAACGUCCACGGCCUGCAGCCCGAGCUCUUCUUCAAGAUGUCGCAUGAAAUCUACAAUUAUGGCGAGGGGUAUGUAGAAGCAAUUAGAUACAUCUUGGGCGUCGGCUAGAAUCUGAUAAUCUCUCUCUUCAUCUCCCCCUCUCUGUCUUACUCUCUCUUACUCUCUCUUCCUCUCUCUUCCUCUCUCUUCCUCUCUCUCUUCCUCUCUCUCUCUCUCUCUCUCUCUCUCUUUGUUUUCCUCGCUCUCUCUCUCCCUCUCUUUCUCAAUCUCUCUCUCAUCCAAUCUUCCCGUCAUUUUCUUCAUCUUUUUCUUCCUCUAAUUCAUCCUACUAUCACUGCUACUACUCUCUUCACCUUCUCGUAUUCUUCUACUUCCUCCUCCUCCCACUUCCUCCCACUCCCUCUUCCUCCUUUCCACCUCCUCUUCCUUACUCUUGUUCCUGUCCUUAGGCAUCUUUGCACUUCCUUCUGGUUGAAUGCUAAGGGAUUUGAUGAUCUUGGGCUUGGGCAGUUUUGUUGGGAAAGUUGCCGCAGAUCGCAGCCACAAGUGGGUUUUCAAUGACCCCCAAGAGCGAGAGAUUAGUUUGCUUUCUGCAUGGCACAAUCCAGUCGACUCGGUCAGCACGAUCUCCUUGUUUGACGGUCGUUUUCCUUCUGUCUCUCUCCUCUCUCUAACCUUCCCUCCUAUCUCCUCUUCCCCUUGGUUUUCUACGCUUCGUCUCAGCAUCCGAGGACUUGGGAGGCUCAGUUCCAGGCUGGCAUCAAGGUUUUCUCCCCAAAAACAUCUUUGCCUCCUUAUUUUAUAUCUCAGUUCCUCAUAUCUCUACUUAAACCAGUCUAAUCAUGCAGACCAUCGUCCUAAUUGCUGUCAGGGAGGGAGUCAUUCAACUUGGAGCUAUUAAUAAGGUCUCUCUCUCUCUCCCCCCCCCUCCUCCGACAUGGUGCAAGGUCAAUAAUUCAAGCUGGCGGAGCAUCAUAAAGAAUCCAUGCAUGCAUGGUUGCCCAUUAUCUAUGCCGGAAAUGGAAAUCGAAUCUGCUCGCGGCCAUUCUUCGUCCAUAAGAACAUCUGCAUGUCCUUGAUCUGACUUACGUAAUAGGCUGCUACUUCCCCCUUUACAGGUGAUGGAAGACCCGAGCUAUGUCCUCCUGCUCCGCAACCGAUUCAGCUACCUCGAGAGCAUCCCCGGUGUCCUCCUCCCCCACCCCUCCUCUGCCGCCGUCCCUUCCACAGGAGAUCUGUGCGAGACGCCGGAGAGCUGGGCGGCCUGCUACGAAGUCUCGUCGCCGGUGCCGCCAAUGCACCACCACAUUGCACAUCAUCAAGUGGGGAUAUCGCCGUCGAUGAGCAGCCUUGAAGCUCUGCUCUCCAAGCUCCCUUCUGUUAACCCUCCGCCGCCGGCGCCGCAGCUCCAGCCGCCGUGUCUCGGGGUGGCUUCUCUCCUAUCUCCGCCCCAAUGGCCAACUCCCAAGGAGGAGCUCGGGGACAACGAGUACGGGGGGAUUGCUGGUCCUGCUGCGAUGGGUGGUCAUGGGAUGCUCUCCUCCUUGUCUGGGUACUACGUGCAGGCCUCUCAGCCGGGCCAAGGCUAUUGA